AGUAGCGAGCAGGACGGAGCUGCGUAGCGAAGACGAGAGAAGCAAUUUGACGCCGAGCUCUGCACGCGCCGAAGCUCUCUCUGCUACUUGUGUUGCUCUCCCUGCUUGCGCUCCAUCGCCGCAGCUGACCCAUUUGCCCUUCUUCGCAGGGCGUGUUGGAAUUGAGCAUCUCUGACAAUGGCUGACCAGCGUUGCCCCAGCGUGGUGAGCAAGAUGGGUGGAACAUCAUACCUGGGUUCCAGAUUUACACCUAGUCGUGCCAUGUACCCCGCCUACGAUUUCAGCACUCCUUUCGCGGCCGCUGCCAAGCUCGGUGCUCUGCCCAGGCAGACGGGAUUCAACUCCCCGUGCCCCAUCGACGUGACCGGCGGGAGGAACAUGUCGAGCCAGGUGUUCGUUCCGGCUGCGAAUGAAAAGACAUUCGCUUCGUUCAUGACCGACUUUCUGAUGGGGGGUGUGUCGGCCGCGGUAUCUAAGACAGCAGCUGCGCCCAUCGAGCGUGUGAAGCUGUUGAUCCAGAACCAGGACGAAAUGCUGAAGUCCGGGCGUCUGUCUCACCCUUACAAGGGCAUUGGCGAGUGCUUCAGCCGAACCAUUAAGGACGAGGGAAUGAUGUCGCUGUGGCGUGGGAACACUGCGAAUGUGAUCAGAUACUUCCCGACGCAGGCUUUGAACUUUGCAUUCAAAGAUUACUUCAAGGCUCUGUUCGGGUACAAGAAGGACAAGGACGGAUACUGGAAAUGGUUCGCCGGCAACUUGGCAUCUGGAGGUGCCGCGGGAGCGUCAUCUCUAUUGUUUGUGUACUCUCUAGACUACGCACGUACUCGUUUGGCGAACGAUGCGAAGUCUUCGAAGAAAGGAGGAGGCGAGCGGCAGUUUAAUGGACUGGUGGACGUGUACAAGAAGACUUUGGCGACAGACGGUAUUGCGGGACUGUACAGAGGGUUCGCGAUCUCUUGCGCGGGUAUCAUCGUGUACAGGGGCCUGUACUUCGGAAUUUACGACUCGUUGAAGCCAGUGGUGUUGGUGGGCAACUUGGAGGGCAACUUCUUGGCCAGUUUCUUGUUGGGAUGGGGUAUCACGAUCGGUGCGGGUCUGGCUUCAUACCCCAUCGACACGGUUCGGCGUAGGAUGAUGAUGACCUCCGGAGAGGCAGUGAAGUACAACGGGUCCAUGGAUGCGUUUAGGCAGAUUUUGGCGAAGGAAGGAGCGAAGUCAUUGUUCAAGGGCGCUGGUGCUAAUAUCUUGCGUGCGGUGGCAGGAGCUGGAGUGUUAUCCGGAUACGAUCAGUUGCAGAUAUUACUUUUGGGCAAGGCUUACUCCGGCGGCAGCGGCUAAGUGCUUGUAGCGGAUGAUGAAGAUAACUACUUGACGGCGAUUGACCUGUGCUGGUAACUUUUGAUAUGAGGAGACCUGGUUGUUCUUCUGCACGGAGAACGUUAGUUUGUAGCGUGGAGCUUUAUGCUAUUCUGAAUGCGCCUGGAGGCCUCAUGGAGCAUCUACGUUACACGAUUAUUUUUCUUGCUUCAUAGAAAUCCAAUUUUAUUUUUAUAGAAAGUUUGAUACCCCUGGUGGCUUUCUCUUUGUGCGUUAAGUCACGCAGUGGUUGUCUUAAUUUAUUUUUACAGUUGUGAAUCCUUCGCUUA